CUUCGUCGUGCGCCGCCGUCUGCUUUCCGACGAGGAAGACCGCUCGUCUCCCGCGCUCUCUUCUCUCUCUCUCUCUCUCUCUCUCUCUCCCUCUCCCUCAGAGUACAGUGGCGGGCAUUCAUUAGCGGCAGUCUUAUGAUCAUCAUCAUUCGGAGCUGUUCCUCAGACUUUGAACUGCAAAGAGGGAAAUUGAAUCGGGUAUCAUCGCCGCCAGAAACGGAAGGUCUCAUUGCAUAAGAUAGUCAAUAAUAGUCGUGGAGCUUUCGUACCAAUUUGCCAAACCUGAAGUGAGAUACCACACGAUAGAGGACUGACGAAUCAGCCAACAAACCGGACGAAGGACUGUGACCGGGAAACACUUUGGCGGUAGCUUCGGUCCAAACGGAACCACUGGAUCGGAACCGGAACUGAAGGAGCUGCUCGGUUUGGGACAGGACCGGGCCCAGUUUGGGACAGGAGCUGACCCAGUUUGGGGCAGAAGCUGGCCCAGGUUGGGACAGGUUGACCAAGGUUGGGACAGGAGUUAACCCAAUCUGGGACAGGAGUUGACCCAAUUUGGGACAGGAGCUGACCCAGUUUGGGUCUGCAGGGUCUCACACAUGGGAGAAUAGGCAUUUGCUGAAAAUGUUAGGAGAGCAGGAAACAGAGUCACGUCAGUUUUGACUUGUACGAUGGGUGGUGGGACGGUACCACCACUGGAGAGGGUGGGCAAGAGCAACGCGGCUAAUGGGCAGUCCCCAAAGCGAGGCAACAUGAUAUCCGCAAACCGGUCUGUGACUAAUGUUCCGACGAAAAGCCAUGUGAUUGAGUUCUAUAACCCGCCUGUCCCUCUCCUCCGUAUCCCAGUGCCCGAGGAGGCUGCCAGUGUCGGGGACAACACGGAAACUUCAGAUCGUAUCGCAGGGAAGCCGAUGUAUGUGCUAGCUUUCCCAGACGAGGCUUCGAAGAAUGCAGCAUGGGAUAGAUGCAAGGAACGCAUCGCGACUCAGUGCGAGGCUGGUGCCAGAAUGGGUUGUUCCAUUGCUGCCUCCCGGAAGUGCCAGUUGCCCUGGUACAUGAACGUGCUGCCUUUCCGUGGGCCGAAAUCGAGCCAGGAGCUCCGUGAAGAAUGUGAGGAGAGGGUGAUGGAGGCGUGCAUUGCGGAUUCAAAGCAGAGGUGUGCGGCUCAUGCUGCCGAUGCAUGUGCCCCAGCAUUUGCGUGUGCCAGAGUUGCUGGCCCUGAGUUUACAGAGGACGAUGGCAAGUGAUUCAACUGUUAAUAAUGUUGUGGUAAAUAAUUCAGUCCGCUCCAACCGGGUUAAAUCUGUGGCUUUGAAAAUCAACUGCCACUCCUGCACGCCCUCCACGGCCAGAUAUGACUUAGAUCUGUGGCAUAUUCAAAUUGUACGACCACUGCUGCUGCAUGCCGUAGUGAAAACCAUGCCCAGAUGACCGGAGGCCGCACUGUCGGUUUACCAGCCUGCCUGCCGCCCGUCGGACAAGUAUUCGAUGCAAAUUUUUUCUCCAGGUGCAGAUCGAGUGUGCGGUAGUGGUGGUUAAUGCUUUUUUCCCAAUCGAAUAAGACACUGAGCGGCGCUGCAUGAGCACGCAUGCCAGUGGUGCUAGGACUCGGAUGCCGCGGUCAAACAAUCGACAACCGAGUUGGACGAACGCAGACUGCUGCUAGUUCUCAUGCCUCCCCCUCCUCACCUGAAAACAAAUGGUAGGUGGUCUUGUGACUCUUGUUCAGCAUAGGGGAUAAGGAAAGCCAUGCUGUGGACUGUGUGGAAAGAGAGCAGCACCAAAACAAUCGAUGAGGAAGACCAUAGACAAGGGAGAGGGAGUCAGCCAAGAAGGUAGGGAAGAAAGUAGACAGGGGAGAGAGAGUAAGCCAAAAAGGUAGGGAAGAAUGUAGACAGUGGAGAGAGAGGAAUCCAAGGAGGUAGGAACAAAAGAUCUCAUUGCUGAGGAGGAGCUCGAAUACAGAGAUGAAAGAGAGUACAGUGAAGCUAUUAGGAGGAGAGCCGCCAAGAAAGCACAAUCAGAACAACCGAUGAGGAAGAACAUAGACAGGGGAGAGAGAGUAAGUCAAGAAGGUAGCGAAAAAUAUAGACAGGGGGGAGAGAGAGAGAGAGAGAGAGAGAGAGAGAGAGAGGGAGAGAGAGAGAUCAUUGCUGAGGAGAGAACAUAGACAGGGGAGAGAGAGUAUAAGUCAAGAAGGUAGGGAAGAACAUAGACAAGGGGGAGAGAGAGAGAGAGAGAGAGAAAGGUGGUUGCUUUCUAUUCGAAUACUAUCCAUGUACGUUCUAUUCUAACGGCUGGUAUAUUCGAAUACAACUCAUGUGUUCUAUUCGAAUCAUCAAUUUUUUUUCCUUAAAAACUUGAAUACAACGCAUAUGCGUUCUAUUCGAAUCAUCAUUUGUUUUCCUCUCGAAAACUUGAAAAAGACGCAUGUGCAUUAUGUUU